AUGAAUAGAUUUUUACGUAGCGGAGGCGAAAUGCCAGAAGAGAAACGUGGAGGUGACAGGAAGAGAGGAAAAUACGAAGCAAAAAGAUUAUCCGUCGAAUGGUUCAUCGAAUCAUUUCAGGGACAAGAGAGUCACUAUUGUCGUUCGAAAGGUAUCAAUAGAAUAUAUCUUCCUUCAGGUUUGACAAUACGUAAAAUGUGGCGUAUGUAUAACGCUGCCCGUGACGAGGAUUUGAGAGUUAAACAAAGUUUUUUUAGACAUAUUUUUAAUUCUAAGUAUAAUAUAGGCUUUGGGAAUCCUAGGACAGACGUGUGUUCAACGUGCAUUGAACUGUUAGAACGCAUAAAAACGGAGAAGGAUGCUUCCAAGAAAAACAUACUUAUGGUCGAAAAAACAAUUCAUCGCCUUAAAUACAAAGCCUUCUAUGCAAUAUUGCAAGAAGAAAAUGAAAUUCUUCAAACCAUAACCUUCGAUUGCCAAAAAAACCAGGCUAUGCCUAAAGUUCCGGAUCAAUCUGCCUACUACAGUCGUCAAAUCAACUUUUACCACUUCGCCAUUGUUGUAGGAAAUUCCAAGGCUAAACUAGACAAAAAUAACAUUCAUUCCUACUAUUGGGAUGAAACUUCACACUGCAAAGGUAGUAAUGAAAUAAUUAGCGCAGUUUACGAUUUCUUAAAAAACUUUGAAUUCGGAGAUAAAAUAAAUAUUCUACGAAUAGUGUCCGACGGUUGCGCCGGACAAAACAAAAAUACAGGCAUGAUAGCUAUGCUCGGUAAAUGGCUGUACACAGAAGCCCCAACAAAUAUUAGGAAAAUAGAGCUGAUAUUCCCCGUUGUAGGUCACUCCUUUAUACCUCCAGACAGGGUGUUUGCCAAAAUUGAGAAAAUAUUGAAAACUAAAGAAGUGAUAACCUCUCCAUCCGAAUAUGCAGCUGUCUUAGAACAAAAUGGUAUGUGCAAAGAUCUAGCAUCAAUUCCUGUAUUUGAUUGGAAAAAAAGUUACGAGUCCAUCAUUAAACCUACUACAUCUUGGCAUUUUCAGUUUAUGAAAGCAAAAAGAUUGGCGGAACCUUUAAGAAUUCUUACCGGAAUAGAAAUAUCAGAAUCUGAUGGUCUUCCACCCCAUAUUUGCAGUUACUGUAGUUCUUUACUGCUCAAGUCCGUAGCAUUCAAGGAAAAAUGCUGCAACUCGGAGGAACUGCUCAAGUUCUCUUUGAUGGAACACAAUGUGCUGUCUCUAGAUUACCUGGAAUCAAUCAGAAAAGAAUUGCAACUGACCCUGCCCUACUGCACCGUGAUUACCAGGGAAUGUGAUGAAGUCCCCGAAGAUAUUAUUAAUGACUCUGACCUUAUGAUAAAAGAAGAAGUGGUUGAGACAAGUAACACGUUGGUCGAAUUUAAAAUUGAGAAUUUAACAGAUUCGUCCACAGAGACAAUAAAACCGUAUAGAAGAGUCAAGAAAGAGAAAGAGAAUGAAGUACUUGAUGUUAAAUUCGAAAAUGACAUUGAAACUAUCAAUUUUGAUAAUGAUGAACCAGAUCAGUCGGCUCCGCUAGAUGACAGUGAUGGUCAAGAGGAUCUAGAGGCUAUGAAGGAUAUUGAAGUGGUUGUAUUAACCAAGGAGCAACAAAUAGAAGAGGUUCAAGCUAGGAAGACAUCAGCAAACUAUAUAAAUUCGUUUUACAAAUGUGAGCAGUGUUACAAGGGUUUCAUGACUGAGUCAACACUUAAAAAUCACAUGCUCAAGCAUGAUCCGAAGAGGGGUGAAUACGAAUGCGAUGUUUGCUGGGGGCGUUGGCCGGAACCUCGGUUGCUUCGCUGGCACGUAGUGUCGUCGCACGAGAGGAAGUACAUCUGCAAGCUCUGCGACCAUGUCUCCAGGUCCAGCCACCGAGCAAGAGAGCACAGCAAAUGGCACACUGGAUUCACAUUUGACUGCCAGAUAUGCGGGGCUAGCUUUGCGAAAUCAACAAGUCACCUCACCCACAUAAGGCUGCAGCAUCCAUCCAACCACUGCUGUGACGUCUGCGGAGAGUCGUUCAUCGGAGAGUACGGACUCAGGAUGCACAAGACACGAGCUCAUAAGGAUCUGGAGGAUGAAGGUGCUAAGGUGGUGCUGCAGUGCGGAAACUGUUCAGCGCAGUUCUUCAACUUGGAAGCUUUGAAGCGGCAUCAAGAGGAAACUGAGGGCGCUGUAUGUCAAGCUGACGUCAGGUCAUGUCCACACUGCGGUGAAAGCUGUUCCUCCGAUGAAGUACUGAAGGAGCAUAUGAAGAGUCACCAGAAGGAAGAGCCCGUUCAUUGUCAGGAUUGCAAUAGAACGUUCGCGAACGAGCGUUCCCACGCAAUCCACUAUCAGCGCGUGCACCUGGGCGUGAAGCUGAAGCAGCAGCGGCCGCACACCGCCCGCCAGCUCAAGCGCCCCGCCGACAUGGUCUGCGAGGUCUGCGGCAAGAAGUGCAACACCAAAGCUACACUGAUGUACCACCAGCGGAUCCACACUGGCGAGAAACCGUACCAGUGCACCCACUGCCCCAAGAACUUCAGCGUGUACCAGCGGCUGCAGAUCCACGUUCGAACCCACACUGGAGAAUCCCCGUACCAGUGCCAGCACUGCCCCAAGGCGUUCAAACACAAGGCCGCUCUGAAUAGACACGAUCGGGUACACACGGGGGCGAAGCCGUACAGCUGUCCGCACUGCGGCAAGUCCUUCUCGCAGUCCAACUCCAUGAAGCUGCACGUGAACACGGUGCACCUCAAGAUGCCGGCCCCCUACCGCAGCAAGAAGAACAAGAAAUAA